AUGGGACGAAAGCAGACAACUAGAAAUCAGUUGGAUGAGGAAAUCGAAAUUCAAGAAGGACAAGUAUAUGCUCGUUCUUUAGGACCAAGAGGCAAUCAUCAACAUGAAGUCGAAUUUAUUGACGGGUCAAAAAAAUUAGUGACCCUACCACCUCGAUUUAGAAAUGUUGUUUGGUUAAAGCGAGGUCAUUAUGUUAUUGUUGAUCCUAGUGUUGGUGUAUCUGAAAAAGUAGCAGGAGAGAUUGUUCAUGUACUUUUCCCAAAACAUAUAAAAGAAUUAAAAGCAGCAGAUAAAUGGCCUGUUGAAUUUGAUAAUGAACCAGUGAUAAAGUCAGUAGAAAACGAAUAUAUAGAUAACAGUGAUGAUGACUUGUUUUUUUGCAGUACACCAACAGACGAUCAUAAUAUCUUGGAGCGAUCUCCUUCAACUUACGAUGAUCUCGCAUUACUCAAAGAUCAACUAUUGAUUAAAAAAUAUAACUACACACAGCAAUAUGCUAACAUGUAUUUUAAACCUCGUUAUGUUAAAAAGAUUCUGGACGUAAAGCCAGGCGAAUUAUGCUACAUGUUCGGCACAAUCUAUCUUGAAAUGCCCGAAAAACCUAAUGUCAUGAAAAAUUUAGAAGAUGAGGAUUCGAUCGUUAGACCAGAUACACCUACUAAAUAUAGGAGUGAUGAUGAUGUAAUUUCGUUAGAAGAUGAGUCAGGGCGUGUCGAAAUUAAGGGAAUGUGUCUUAAUAGAGAGUUUUUAGUGACGGGUAUGGUAAUAGGUAUCUUGGGUAAAGAAGUGUCGACAGAUGCAUUUGAUGUUAUUGAUAUUUGUUUACCUGGUAUGCCUGAACAAGACCCGAUACCCCAAACACCAGCAGAAUUUUUAGCAGGCGAGUUAGGUAGUCUAGAAGAUGAAAUAUCAAGCUCGCAGAUAUCAAGAGUUAUUAUUGCUGGUAAUUCUCUGACGAAAUCUACAAACAAAAAGUCGUUAAAUUCUAUAUUACUAGAAGAUAUUUGCUGCUCAGUAGAUCUAGAUAUCAUGGCAGGGCCACAAGAUCCUGCACCUAUUCAUUUUCCUCAACAGCCUAUGCAUCCUUCUAUGUUUAAAAACUCACAUCGACUUACCACCUUUCAUACUGUGACUAAUCCUUAUUGGUGUCAAGUAGAUGGUAUUAAAUUCUUGGGUACUUCAGGUCAAAAUAUAGAUGAUAUUUACAAAUAUGUGGAUUCUGAGGAUCGUUUAAAGAUGGCAGAGAUUUGUAUGUAUUGGAGACAUAUGGCCCCAACAGCACCAGAUACACUAUGGGCUCAUCCUUUUGAAGACAGAGAUCCCUUUGUAAUUGAAACAUGUCCUCAUGUUUAUUUUAUUGGUAAUCAACCUCAAUUUGAAGAUAGUCUUAUACAAGGUCCUGAGGGUCAGAAGGUGAGAGUGAUAUUAGUGCCUUCCUUUUCGAAAACUGGUAUUAUAGUUCUCGUUAAUUUAAAAACAUUAGAGUGUAGUACGAUUCAGAUUAGUGAUAAGGGUCUUCGACUUGAUUAUCGUCGAGUCAUCGCACGUGAAUCUCAAACAGAACCAAAAUAUGUGGUAACUGGGCCAUGGCAGGUCCAUUUAGCAGCUGUUUUACCAUUAAGGACUAUAUCACGCUUAUGGGGAGCGUUUAACUCUUUCACCAUACCUACCCCUUUACGUCCCUUUGGUUAUAAACUUUAUAGCUGGAUAUUUGGUUGUAAUUUAGAUGAAAUGAAGAAUCCUGAUUUGUAUAGCUAUCGUAACCUGUCUGAAUUCUUUUAUCGUGAGCUCAAGGAGGGGGCAAGACCAAUUGAUGAGGAAGCUGUAUUGGUGUCCCCAUCAGAUGGCAAAGUAUUACACUUUGGUAUAGUGCAUGGACAAGAGAUAGAGCAGAUCAAAGGCGUUACAUACAAAUUAGACGCUCUUUUAGGAAAUGAUGUGAAGAUACCCCCUGCAGCUAAUGAUGCUAUCUUGGGCAAUAUGCCUCACUACGUUGAUGAAGAAGAAUUCGCUAAUGUAAACGGUAUUGAAUAUUCAUUAAAUGAUAUCAUGAUUCAAGGUUCUGCUCAAAAGACUCAAUCUAGUGUAGGCCCCGAUGGUCUCGCACGCUCGGAGGAGACAAACGGGACUGAUAAAUAUGCCCUCAUCCGUCUUGCUGACGUUGAGCCUACCACCCCAUCUAAAGCCGUUAAACCAGGUCAUGCUCUAUUUUUUUGUGUUGUCUAUCUAGCACCUGGCGACUAUCAUCGUUUCCACUCACCUACUAACUGGGUCGUUCAGACGCGUCGUCAUUUUGCUGGUGAACUCUUUAGCGUAUCUCCUUACUUUGUCAAACUCUUACAAAAUCUGUUUGUAUUAAAUGAAAGAGUGGCAUUACUAGGUAAGUGGCGUUAUGGCUUCUUUUCAAUGAUACCCGUAGGUGCAACAAAUGUUGGAUCAAUCAAGAUCAACUUUGACGAAGCACUUAAAACAAAUCGUAAAGAAGAUUUACCAAUGGGAACCUACACUGAAGUAACCUAUAAGAGAGCUAGUAGAAUACUGGGUGGCAAAGCAUUAAAGUAUGGUGAAGAGAUUGGUGGUUUUUAUUUAGGUUCCACGGUCGUUUUGGUGUUUGAAGCACCCGAGACAUUUAGAUUUGCAGUAACAGAAGGACAAAAGAUUAAAAUGGGAGAAGCAAUGGGAUAUGUAUAA